AUAGAUGGCAAGACUCGCUCGGAGGAGGAGGAGGAGGAGGAGGAGGAGGAUGACGAGGAGGAGGAGGAGGAGCGAGAGGAGGACGAGGAGGACUUGGCAGCCGAGGCGGAGGUGGCCGCGGUCAUGGGGCUGGAGGGGCUCGCAACGGGCAAUGGCUUUGGGGGUGGGGGCUUCAGAGGGGUAGGAGGAGGAGGAGGGGGUGGGGCGGUGACGGCGGUGAGCGGUGGCUGUAUGGGCGGUUACUGGAGCACGAGGCAGAACAGACCCUCCAGUCCCCGCAUGCCGCCCCCGGAGCUUGAGCUGCAACAGCAGCACCAGUUGCCCCCGUCCAGGUACAACAAUCUUGGCUACUGGCGCGCCAGGCGCGUCACCUUCUACAGGAAUGGCGACCCUUUCUUUCCCGGCGUCGAGUUCAGAUUCAAGCCGGGACGGGAUAUCGGCUCGUUGGAGGCGCUGCUCGACCGGCUUUCCCUGCGGUUGGAUCUGCCACGGGGCGCUCGGCACAUAUUCUCGAUGGACGGCGACCGGAAGAUCAGCCUCGACGAGCUCGAGGACGGCGCCUCCUACGUCGUCUCCAGCUACAAGACAUUCAAGCCGGCGAGUUACGGCAAGAAGAGCAAUACGUGGUACGUGUCGACAGCAGCGGGGGGCGGUGGAAGCCGGGGCGGAGGCGGCGCGAUGCCCGGGAUCGGCGGGGGUGGCGGCGGGGCCGGGGGUAUCGGUGGUGGUGGCCUGGGGGGGUGGCAGAGCCGCAGCACCCCGGCCGUCGCCAGCCUCAGCAGGAAGGCUUCCAUCACCGACGAGGCACCGCCACCCGGUGGCGGUAAGCCCUCUUCCGGCCGCGUUAUUCGCAUUGUCAACAACCUCGACCACACCGUGCAGUGUCGAGUGCUGUUGAAUUUACGCACGUCACAGCCAUUCGAGGAAGUCCUCGAAGACUUGGGCCAGGUGCUUAAGAUGAACGGAGCCAAGAGGAUGUUUACAGUGUCAGGACAGGAGGUGCGUAGCUUCUCGCAGCUGCGCAACGAGUUCGCCGACGUGGACACGUUCUACCUGGGCACGGGUACCGGCGGCAUAGCCACGGCCAUCGGCUCGCCAGCGCGCAGGUCGCGUUCCCGAGGCCCGGCCGCGGUGGUCGAGGAAGUCCCGGGCCGUCAGCGAAGGGCUCGCAGCAAAAGUCGACCCCGUGCCCUCUACGCCCCCGAGUCCGAAGUAGUACGAGUCAACGAUUACAGCGUGGUCGAGGUGUUGCGCGAGGAACCGGCCCGCGUGACCAUCCGCGGCCUGAGACGCUCGUUCUACCCACCGUCGCACCUACCGCCUGUCGACAACUCGCCCCCGGAAAAGAAGCUCACCCUCGAGUGGGUCUACGGCUACCGGGGCACCGACACGAGGCGCAACCUCUGGGUGCUGCCCAGCGGCGAGCUGCUCUACUACGUUGCGGCCGUCGCGGUGCUCUACGACCGCGAGGAGAACUCACAGCGACACUACGUCGGACACACCGAGGACAUCACCUGUAUGGAGGUCCACCCGAGCAGGGAACUAGUUGCCUCGGGCCAGAGGGCGGGUAGGCACAGAAAGGCCCAGCCGCACGUGAGGAUCUGGUCGACCGAGACCCUCCUCACGCUCUACGUCUUCGGCAUGACCGAGUUCCAGAUGGGCGUCUCCGCCCUGGCCUUCUCCCAACUGAACGGGGGUAGCUACGUGCUCGUCGUCGACUCGGGCAGGGAAGCCAUCCUGUCGGUCUGGCAGUGGCAGUGGGGCCACCUCCUCGGCAAAGUCGCUACCCUGCAAGAGGACCUCACCGGGGCGGCCUUCCACCCGCUGGACGACAACCUCCUGAUAACGCACGGCAAGGGCCACCUGACCUUCUGGAACCGCAGGAAGGACGGCUUUUUCGAGAGGACGGACAUCAUCAAGCCCCCGUCAAGGACGCACGUGACGAGCAUCCAGUUCGAGCAAGACGGGGACGUGGUGACGGCAGACAGCGACGGCUUCAUAACCGUGUACUCGGUGGACGCUGACGGCGCGUACUUCAUAAGGAUGGAGUUCGAGGCGCACAACAAGGGCAUCAGCUCGCUCGUGAUGCUCUCCGAGGGCACGCUGCUGUCCGGUGGCGAGAAGGACCGGAAGAUCGCCGCGUGGGACUCGCUGCAAAACUACAAGCGCAUCACCGACACCAAGCUGCCAGAGUCUGCGGGUGGGGUGCGGAGUAUCUACCCGCAGCGUCCGGGGCGCAACGACGGCAACAUAUACGUGGGGACGACGCGCAACAACAUACUCGAGGGCUCGCUGCAGCGGCGCUUCAACCAGGUGGUGUUUGGACACGGGCGGCAGCUAUGGGGCUUGGCCGUGCACCCGGACGACGAGGUCUUCGCCACGGCCGGCCACGACAAGAACAUUGCCCUGUGGAGGCGGCACAAGCUACUCUGGACGACCCAGGUGGGCUUCGAGUGCAUAUGCAUCGCCUUUCAUCCGUUCGGCGUGGCGUUGGCCGCUGGUUCCUCGGAGGGACACUUGCUCGUCCUCGCGGCCGACACCGGGGCCGCCGUGGCGACGCUCAGGGUCUGCGGCUCGCCGCUCUCCUGCAUCGGCUACAAUCCGACUGGAGAAAUGGUGGCGAUGGGCUCGCAGAACGGCAGUGUUUACCUGUUCCGGGUGUCGAGGGACGGGUUCUCGUACAAGAAGAGCAACAAGAUACGGGGCACCCAGCCGUUGGCCCAGAUAGACUGGAGCUCGGACAGCCGCUUCCUGCAGACGGUCACUCAGGACUACGAUCUUGUUUUCUGGGACGUGAAAGCUCUGUCCUCCGAAAAGAGCCCGCUCAUAAUGAAGGACGUCAAAUGGUACACGCACAACUGUACCGUGGGAUACUUGGUGUCUGGUAUGUGGAACAACCGUUACUACCCGCUGACCACUGUGGUGACGACCUCGAGCCGCUCGGCGGCCCACGACAUGCUCGUGAGCGGCGACGCCGAGGGCUACCUGCGGCUGUUCCGUUACCCGUGCACCAGCGCCAAGGCCGAGUACGUCGAGGAGAAGGUUUACAGUUCGCUCGUCGCUUGCGCCCGUUUCCUCUACAACGACCAAAACGUCGUCACCGUAGGCGGCACCGACGCGGCCCUCAUGCUCUGGGAACUCGUCGACGAAUAGUUGGACGCCAGCCCGCCCGCUUCACCCGUUUACAUACGCGCGCAGUAGCGCCUACACGCGGUAAACGUUUUUUCGCGCCCUCCGACAUAACUCCCUCUUUAGAUUUGUUUUUUUUUUUUCUCCCUCUAUAAAGACAUGAUAGAUGAUUCAGUGCCGCGCGCACCCGCGUUUCGUUCAUUUUGGGUACCUACAGCAGAUGCUUUUGGCGGACAGUUCGCGAAGAUGACACGACUUUCGACAAGUGGGUUGGGUUGGUUUUCAAAAGAAAUCGAUUGCUAUUAUUAUGAUUCGAACCGAGUCUUGAGAAUAAUAAUGCCAUAGGACGUAUAUUUUUUUAAUAACAAGGGCAACUUUACUUCAUUUCCGUCUACGUCAAUAUAAUUACUUCGAUUUCCAAGUGACAGCUUUCGUACUUUUCUUUUAGCAGAGAGUUGUUAUUAUUAUAUCUAUUGACCUUUUUACCUCUGUAUUAUACACUUAUUAAUGACAAAUUACAUCAUCAUCAUCAUCAUCAUAAUCAUUGUUAAGUAUGAUGUGAAGAUGACAAAAAACAAUAAUAAUCGAUCCUCAUUUUUGGAACAUAAAUUGAUUAAAAUAAUCCAAUCAGUAGUUUUUGAGAUUUAUCUGAGUAAAUAUGACAUAGAGAAGCACUGAAUCUGUCUAUAUGCGACGUGACGAAAUGCUCCACUACUUUUUGCAGUUAAAUUUUGUGUCACGACGGUACAAUCUGACGUCGUGAGGACAUAUUGUUCGAAUGUAAAAUUCGAUCCGAAAAAAAGCGUUUGCUGCGCGCAAUAUUUAUUCGCAGAGUAAUAAUUAAUCCCCGAUUUUCCACUUAAAAAAGAUGAUACUCCUGCCAUCCUUUGAACGUCUGCCAGACAGGUAUUAUUAUAUAUUGUUGUAGAAAAUGUUUAAGAAAAAAAAAAAAAGAAGAAAGAAAAUCUCCGAACGACAUCGCGCCGAUGCGAGAAAAGAGGUAUUAAACAAUGUGUUGUUUAUCCGUCACACACAAAAUUUUGCCGAAACGAAAAAAAAAAUGGCAAUAACCAAAAUUCAUUUGUAAGCGACUCUGAUUACAUACUUAGAGAGCGCAAAUUAA